AAACCAUCGCAAUUCUUUCAAAACACACGGAAUUCGCAGAAACCCGACACUAGCCCCUUCGUCAAUCUCCCAUUUUUUUCCAUAAACCCUUAAUCGCGAACUCACAAUUCACCCUUGAAUCGCAAUCCUAAAAUAUAAGAGUUCAAUUCAUCAGUUUUCUCUACAUACGAAAAGCGAGACAGAAAGAUGAUUGAUGCUGAUAAAAUUGGAGUUUGUUAAUUUGUCAAGUUUCUACGAAAUUGAAGGGUUAAUCUAAAUCUAUAUGAAGAAUAAAAAAAUUGAUUUGAAGGGCCUCUCGAGAUAUCAAUGUUGUGGCGACAACGAGGUUAACUAUGGUGUAUUAGCCACACCCUUACUCGAGGUGUUCUCAAUUAGCGUACAUCCCAUUCCCGACCUCACAGGCAACUUGUUUGAUUGUGAAAUUUAUGGCUCGAUUAAGGUCACUAAUGGAUUAGGUCAUGUACUUGUUCUUUACAACCGAGAUCAUGACAAUCCCGAGUUUAUCAAGCCCAAUGAAACAAGUUACGGUCGUUAUUUGUCGUUAACUGGACUUAAGGAUGGUUGUGUUAUUAUACCCUAUGAUUAUGUUAUUGUGGAUAUGUGCUUGAGGGACAGGGCUCGAGAUGACAUUGUAAUUACCAAAGGAGAGUUGAAUUUCAAUUACAAAGAAUCCUUUUACACAGAACAUGGUGCCAAACGUGUUGUAGGUGACGCCGGAUUUGCGACUUUGCAUUAUGCCACUUUCCCUUAUGCGGUGGUAGCCACUGUGGAUGUGGUAUUUUUUAGCAAACAUGAUGAUUAUGACACAAUAGACUAUGAUCCCGAUGAAUAUUCUCAAGAUUUUGCUGAUUAUGAUAGUAGUGGAUAUGUAAAUGAUGACGCCGAUGCUGAUGUUUAUGGGACUGUUGCUGCAUAUACCGAUUUUCCUGGAAGUAGCUCCUAUGAAGACAAUACUACUAUUUCAAGCAUACUUUUCAAUAUGCCCCAUAAUCAAUGUGUACGGGUCAAAUCUAGGACUUUCAUCGAGCUGUCGAGAUCUAUGGUGGCUGUGCCAUUUUAUUCGAAUUCCCCCCUUCAAAUCCAUGUAGAUUUCAAGUAUAAUGAUGGAAGCAGACUUGCUGAGGGUGUCUUAGAAUUUCAAUAUAUAUAUAUUGUGGCCUGAUUAAGAAGGAUGUUGUGGGAGAAAAUGGGCGUAUCCGAGUGCGAGUGAAAUGGGUUGAUGCAUAUGAGCAACGUUACAGGGAAAGUGACCUAAAACGGUGUGCAACCUAUGAGAAAGAAGAGAGCGAUAUGGAAGAGCUGGUUAAAAGGCAGCGGAGUCUUGCUAAUCCACAACCCUCUUCUGCCGUUAGUGAUUGGUCGAAAGAAGAACAAGAGGACAAUGGCUGGUCCGAAGAUCCAUUGCCGCUAGUGGAGGUGUUUUCAGUUAGAAUUGGUAGCAAUGACUUGAAACCUCCCUUUAAGCUGUAUGGCAAUAUUAGAGUGGAAGGUUGUCCUAUAUUCAAUAGAGAUGAGAGUUCCGCUCAGAUAUGUUUUGACAAGAUCGAGAUCAAGUAUCGCUAUCGUUUUGGUUAUGAUGCCUUAGAUGAUUUUGGGAUUUAUUUUCGCCUCAAGGAUGUUGAGGGUAAUCUGUUUAUCGAAGGACAAUUUGCGUGGGUAACCCGUUUGCUUGACUCAUGGUAUGACAAGCGCAUAUGUUCUGUUGUUCGAGGGGAUCAUGGAUAUGUAGCUGUGCAUUACACAAUUAUUUAUGAUGGAGUACACGCAAAAGUAAAGGUUUUGGUCAAAAGGUUUGAUAACACUUUGGACUUACCCACCAAGUUUUAUGGAAGUCUUGUUGCUCGGUAUAGCAACCAUGAGUACUCAAACUCCUAUGACAAGAAAUACUAUCAGAGUACACUUUUUGAGAGAAGUUUAGAUGAUCCUGUUAACCUUAAAAAGGAUAGUUCAUUGCCACUGUCAAAAUCUCUGGUUUGUGUUCCAAGAAUGUCUUCCCUAAUAAUCCAAGUAAGACUUAACAGCUGAUGACAACUUACUUCCACAGCCAGGUUUUGGUGUUGAGGUUUUGCAGGGCAGCGUGGAGUUUAAUACGGAUGGUUCUAAGGAGAUUUGGGGACAAAACUACUGGAUCGAGAUAUCGGUUAAGUGGCAAACGGGGUUGUGGUAGUUUGUUUAGUGGUAACCGUUGACUUCUUUGGACCUGUAUGCCUAUGGAGUUAGACUUUAAUUUUAUGUUUGUAUUUUCUAGUUGAUUAUCAUUUGUAUUUAAGUGGAUAGUUUCAGACAUUCCAAAAUACUGAUUCAGAGUGAUGUUUUCGGAAUUGAAUUCUGUAUUUGGUUGUAUCCUUGCUGACAGUCUUUUCAAAUUCAAAUUCAAAUUUGGUCUUGCA